AUGAGGCGACUGCUCAACCUGCUGACACAUGGGCUGAGAGCGAUGAGGAGAGCGUCUCUCGGCAUUGCUGUGGUCACGCCGACCGUGGCUGUGCCGGUCGUGCUGGCCAUCUACCUCUCCAGCGGCAUCACAGCUACCGAAGUCUGUGAAAUCUCGCCCUCGUGGGACAGGACCUGGGAGUCCCCAGCGGCGCGGGAGGCGCUGUUGCGCGAGUCGGCGGCCUCGAGGGCGCGGGCCGCCGGCGUCAAGUUCUGCAGCUAUCGCUGGGACGGCGCGAUUCCGACCGUCUCCAUCGUGGGUGCGGACCCGGACCUGUGCCACCCGCUGUUCAGGGCGUCACUCCUCGUGGCCAGUACCUUUGGCGCGGUCGGCUACCGAGACCUGCAUGCCAAGGGCGGCGUUGCCUAUAUCGCCGCGCACGCGAGCAGCUCCACGGCCGAGCGAGGCAGGAGGGCAAACGCGUCCCUGCUCGCCCUCGCGUGGGCGUCCAUGGUCUGCCUCGCGCUCGCGGGGGUCAUCAACGUGACGCACUUCAACGCGGCGCACAACGGAUGCGCCCUCGGGUUCUACGUUACCAACUCGGGCCACACGUGGGCGCUCUGGAGGAUGCAGAGGGUAGCGGCGCACCGGACCCGCCGCCGGCUCGGCGACGCUCCGCCGUCGCUCGCGGGACGGUGGUGCCUGCAGGUGGACCCAAAGGCGCACCGGCCCGGCUCCUCCUCGCUCAAGGAGUGGAUGGCCGUUUUGUGGACCAUGUGCUUCGGCGGCGCCCUCGUUGUGCUCGGCCAGGUCUUCGCGCCCGUCUCGUGGGCGACUUGGUUCUCCUCCGCUGCGGUGCUCGAGUGGCUCGCCACCGAGCUCGUCAACACGUCGGUACUCAUACACUACUUUGAUAUGCGUCAGCUGCGGCUGCUCGAGGCCAAGCUGUCCUACGGCCAACCCUGA